AUGGCAAAGUUCUUCAACACCAAAUUCCUCUUCAGAACCGGCCUUUAUCAAAUCAUCUUCACCCAGUUUGCUUCCCUGGAAAACCCUGUUUCGUCAUGUGUGCGAAUUAUGGGUGAAGAUCAGUGUAAUGAUAUCACACCAGAACUUAUCCCGAAAAAUCCUCAGGUCGAGCCCUCUAUGCUCGUUUUUCAGAUGCAUGCUGACACACAAUGGCCAUGGCAAAUCCCUCAUUCCUUGCACACCAAGUACAUGCUGAGUCCGCGAGCGCAUUCACUUCGGCGGAUACAACGGUACGGUCAUGGAUGCGGUGCGUCGUCGUUACCCGAGCAGCGCGACAAGCGACGAAACGUACAGUCAUUUGUCGGGAAAGACAUGUCAUUCUACAAACCUGCCAGAAAGGACAAACAACUUUUGACAAGUAGCUUGGGCGCGCCAUCCAAAUCCAGAGAUGACCGUGGUGUGAUUGCUUUUGGACCGAGGUGCAUAUAUCGAAGCCUUUGAUGACCUUGAGGAGUGUCAUCCUUUGGCUAACCGAGGGGAUGAGAAGGGUAUGGAGGAGACACAGACACAGCUUGUUGAUCCCGUGCUCUUUGCGGGUCCAUGGUCAGAUCUUGUCAAGGGUGGUAUGUGUGCUUGAUGUAGUGGGUCAAUUGAGGUUCUGGCUUUUGGAUCUUCGAUCGUAUUACUUCAUGGUACUUGUUAUUACCUAUC